GUUAGCUUAACCGCUAGCUAGGUAGCUAAUGUAAAAGUUAGCUAAUCUGUUAUUAAAACGUUAUUAAUUGAACAAAGUGCAGUGGGAUCUUUAAUUAUCUUGUGGAUUCAUUUGGUCAAGUCGCCAAUUAGCCGACUGGUAUGCAGCAGUUAUCUCAGGUUUCCUAAGAAAUACCAACGUAUCUACAGCAGAAAGCAUGACUGAUAUUGAAGUUCAGGUUGAGGUCCAGCUCACGUCAAACUCACCGCCAGGACAACAUGCGUUUGGGGGCCUGCAGGAGGACAUAAGCGGUGAAAAGGAGUCCGACUGCAUGGAAAGUCUUCAAAACACCGGACAAGGAGGCCAAAUACUAUCCCCUACAUGCAAUGAAAACAUAGAGGUGGAGGAGCCACUGUCGUUGUUGGCUGACGUUGCUCUGGCGCCACCCUGUGGCGAUCGUGCGGCCUGCAGCUGUGACUGUGAGGCCUGCAGCUUUCUGGAGAUCAGAUGGAUGGAGAGGAGCCUCCAGUCCAUGCAGCUGCAGCUCCAGUUCCUCAUGAGCAAAGCAGAUGACUUACAGGACUGCCUUGUCAAUGAACAGGGUCAUCUAGAGAGUGAGGCUCUUGCUGCUGCAGUGCCAAAUUUCCUGUACACCUGUCAGCCUUACUUUAACCACCUGGAAUCCACAACUAGGAGUACUGUGUCCCAGCUCACCCCUCUGCCCUUUGACAUCUACACAAGGCGCGUGCAGCUGUUGGACUUCUCUCAGCAGCUGUGUGACAGGUUGGAGCAGCUGGUGUUGACCUACGCCAACUACAGUCUCCUCUGUUUGGACGAGACCGAGCCUAACAGCGUGUCUCACUUCUGCAUCGGUCAGAGUCAGCUCGGUCGACUGAGGCUGACCAUGUUCCUCUACUGUAAGCCGACGCCGUACCUGGCCCGGGUCGACACCGGCCUUUACAAACGCAUGCGCUGGAACGUGGAGAGACUCGGAGACGAGCAGCAGCAGACAGAUGAAGAGCAGGGUGGAGAGAGGGAGGCAGUCGGCGACAUAGAGUAUUACUUCCUGUGCUACGAGGAUAUUCCCAACGCACACGCAGAGGCUGACGGGGAUAGCCAAGGUGUCUCUCAAGGUGACGUGGUGAGGAUGUGGUCCAUCGGUCAGUGGGUGCAGGUGAACCCUGACCCCGACACAGACGACAUCGAUGACUGGUUGUAUGUUUGUUUCAGGAUCAUGUGCGAGGUUCCUCAGGCCAACUAUCACAGGCUGCUGUUUCUGGGCAGUGAUGAGCCAUCCAGCUGCAGUGCUACAGACUACCUGCAACAGCUGCUGUUGUCUCACCAGACAGCAGAGUGAUGUCAGGCCCUGGAGGAGGAGGAUGUGCGUAUUAGUGCACAUUCGACAUCUAUACAGCACGUGGCAGGAGACUGGACCAGUUUAUAUCUCACAGGACGGUGCAGAUCAAUCCUCCUGCUAGUUAUUAAGCAAAUAUGUGUCGUUGAGUUUAAGAUAUUCAACGUUGAACAUCUGGUUUCAUGUGUGUCUGGAUGCCGGAGCAGAAACGCCCGCGCUGGAAUCACAAUUGCAUCCCACGACUGUAAAAUGUGACACUUUCAGCCAGAGUGAUGUGAUACAUUCAGGACACGUUGGUUUUUCCACAUUUAAAGCUGAAGAAGCUUGUGUUUUCAUAAUAUGCUGACCAGUGUUAAAAAAAAAAAGUUUUAUCAUCUCAAGUCAGGUUAUGUAAAAAUAGUUUUAUGCUGUAUACUGUGAUGAGUCUGUUUAACUCUGAUGUACAGUAUUUUGUCACUUUAUUCUGUUGUGUUUUAAUGUUGUAAGUUUUAAAAGCUUUUAUAUGUUUGUAAAAAUAUUAAGUUUUAUUUUCUUUACCAGUUUGCAAAUUUUUAAAGAGCAUUUUGUUGUGUUGUAAAGAAGUCCAGAAGAGUUGUUUAAAAAAAACACAAACAAAAAAACAUUUUAUUUACAUGAAACAUUGAAAUAAUUACACACACAGAUUUCUGUCUUUCCAAAAGUCCAAAUAAACAAGGAAAACUUUACACUUUAAAACAAGCUGCCAUGAUUUGGGCUUCACAAGUGAGAGUGCCCAUUUACUUCAUUUCAAUAGGUUCAUCAAGCCAUUUAAAUUAGUUCACACAGGCUUCACUUCAUUUUCAAUAAAUCAAUAUCCAAAACGUGAGACUUAAAUAACUUUGAGCUUCAGUAACAAAUUAAAUGCGUUCACUCAUAGUUCAGUCCUCUGUGUUCAGUUUGACCUCGUAACCAUUCAGCCCAUCAGUUCUGUUGACUGAACAUAAUGAAUAAUAAGAAGGCAAUUUACUUACAACAAAGAAUAAAAUACCAUUUAAAACCAACAUCCUUCAUUCAAUAUAAAUCUAUAUAGGACUCUUAAAGGGCUACUAUACUUCUAAAUCUCUAAAGUAGAAAAGUAAAGAAGUUUCCCUUCAUUACAGUGAGCAGUCAUCAAACAAUAUAUACAUACACACACACAAAUGCUUACAAAAACACUACACAGACAAGUUGAAGAAAGCACAUUAAAAUAAAGUCCAGCUUUGUCAAAAAUGCAGUGGGCAUAAUAUGUCCUGCCUGGCGAUACAGGAAUGCAAACAUACAUAAGUAUAAACGCCUGCUUGCUUUUCAGUUGCUACACAUAGGCUUUGAUAAGAGCGUGCACAAACUAGCAGGUGAUGGUAAAGGGAAGUUACUGGAAUCAACUGGGAAAUCUGUUUUAAGAGUCAUUUAAUGUGAAAGCACUGAAUGCAGAUUAUCAGAUCAGAUUAUCCUCAGCUUUCUAUUUGGUUAUUAAACAAAAUUAAGCCAUUACAUUAUUUAACAGUGGCGAGCAGGGCUGAUUAAAUACAAAAAAAAUAUUUAAAUGGUCAUGAGUGGAAAUUCAUGUCAAAUUCUUCUGAUUAGCAUUUCUGUGCUCUUCAUUUGGAUUUACAGGGGAAGAAACGGUCAAAACUACGGCAUUUCUCAACGUACAGCAAAGCUCAACGUAAACACUGAAACACACCGUAUCCAGACAACAGACUGACAUCAACGUACAGCAGAAACAUUUACAACCACUGAGACACACACAUCCAUACCAUAGCGCAUCACAGUUUCAAUAAUAAUAGUUAAUACUCAGAAUAACCUGAUGUUGAACCCUCCCAGCUUUCCCUCUCUUUUAAUAAUCAUCCUCAUAUCACACAAUAAAGUGACUCCUGACCUUCACAGCAGUAUCGGUAAAAACCCAGAGUUAGUCGUCGAAAUGUAAAAUCUGUGUACUGGACCAGCGUAGAAGGCCUUGUAUAAUAACUGGCUAUCAUCUGUCUGUCUGUGACUGAAAUAACAUCUAAAAUGAGAGCAUGAGAACCCAAGAAAGACUUCACAUACGGAUAAAGUUAAUAUGGGGCUACAGCGCAGUGAUGGUGAACAUAAAAGGCAUUUUCUAUAAAUCUUCAGCAGCAGCAACACAAGUCUACGUGCAUAACUAAAACCUCAUUGGUGUCGAACUCCAGUGUUUCAAAGGGAAAUGUUUACACGUCGUACUGCCCUUUGGUAAGAACUCUAAGAUCCAAAUGGCUCAGACUGAGAUCAUGUAGUGAUGCUCAAGCGCAUGCUCACAUUGUCAAAAAUAUGAUGAUCCUCUUCAUCUCUAAUCAAUACAUUUAUUUGACCUCAGUUUGCAAAUAAACUACACCUACGUAAGUCAUAAAAGAGGGCUUAACUUACCCAUCCAUAGUGUCUCUAUAAUCAGCAUAUUUGAAUUGGUACAACUUGAUGUUCGGAAUUUGAUUAAGUGCAAUCUAAGAAAUCUGGGAAUCUGACGUCUUCAGUGUAUUCUCAUUUUAAAAUAAGGUGGAAAGGAUGUGUGUCACCAUGUAUAAAACAGAUAUGGCUUCAAUUAAAAGGGGCAACAAAUGAAGAAACACAAAGUAAAAACAACCAAAUCUAUCAAUUUACCUUUGAUUGAUAGUGGCCAUUUGGCACAGUCGGUGUGUAUGUGUCUCCAUGGAACAGAGAUUUGGCAUGAAAGAAAGUGUGCAGUUCCAACCCUGUUAGUCCGUAGCAUUGAUGCAUCAUGGGAUUGUGUCAGUCAUUUUUUAAGAUUUUUAAUGUAAUAGUCUAGCAGUGUAAAGUUUGUUUGCAGUGGUGUAGGAUAUCGAGCGUGAGGUGAGAGAGGUGCUGAGUUUCUCUGUGGUGUCAUGUUGUGUUUGUUUAUUUAUUUGAAUUUCUGUGGCAGAGAUGAGACCCAGGUUCUUCACUGGCAGCACCAGAGAGUUUCUCGCCCUGAGUAGAGACUCUUAGGCAGCGUCAUCGCUACCAUUGAGGACAAUGAGGUCACGUCCUUGGUAAUUGUGGAAUUUGUAGUGAAUUUGGGACUUUUAGCAACCUGGAGGUAGCUUACAUUCUACAGUUAAAAACUUACAUUUUACUUGCUGAUUCCAGUAUGUUUACUGUACUCAAUAUACUUUGAUCACAUUUGACCACUUAAAGGCCAACAAAAAAUUAAUUCAAAACUAGGACUGGAUCUUCAUGUCUUCCCCUAGUUCAUACUAGUUGGGAACUAUGAACAUGUUCUGACCCUUUUUUCCACUUCAUAAAAUAUAUUAAACUACUCAAUACAUCAGUACACAAGGAUCAGGAAAUUGAAGAAUAAGUCAACAGGCCUAAGGAUAUGACUAAAUACUUGACACUUUGCAUUUUGCUUGGUAGUCAGAAUGUUUUGGUGAUGCAGACAAUUUAACAGUUAACUGAAUAAAUAUAAUAUGAGAAAUCCAAUUAAUAAAAAAUAAAAUAGAGGGGUGCAUAGCGGAGAACGUGGACCCAAGACCUCAGUAUUUAUAAAAUCCUGGUCUACAUACAAAUAUGACCUGCUUCAGUGAUUUGACUUACCUUGACCGCAACCUUAAUCCAAUCCUCAACUUUGUAUGUCCUAAAUCAAAAAUUUACUUUGUCAGGGGCGGUAGCUAGCCUGGGGAUAAAUUCUACCUGAGAGUCUUAAUUCAGGGCAAGAAUCUUUUUUUUUUUUUUUUUUUUUUUUUUUUUUUUU